GGCCCCUGCACCAUCUGCCCCUAUGUUCUCUGUCUCAGCUCACCAUGAAGUACAGGAGCCUCUUUUUCCUUGUGGCAUCCCUUGCCCUUGUGAUGCUGGCAUCAUCCUGGACCCUUAAACCUGCUAAAAAAGGGACCAAGAAAGCAGGGAGUUGCCCCGACGAUCCAUUCCGCUGUAUUCGGGGAGAGCCUAGUGAGUGUGUGGGAGAUGAGCAGUGCCCCCAGAAUCGGAAAUGCUGUUAUUAUCGCUGCGGCUUCAAGUGUGUGCACCCCAAGGAGACUAACAGCACAGCUCCAACAAAGGCAGGGCAGUGUCCACCUAAGACGAGCCUUUGUCUGACCCCAAACCAGUGUGAAGAUGAUGGGCACUGUCAGGGCAACAUGAAGUGCUGUCAGGGCCUGUGUGGGAAGGUCUGCACAGCUCCAGUGACAGACUGAUUUCUGCCCUUGAGCUGAAGUUGGACCCUGUAGACCCGGACUCCAUGAAGACAAUGUUCUCUGCCAUUAGGACUCACUCUCUCCAGGAAGUAGGGGAGUAGCUCUCAUAUCCAGGGCUUGUCACCAAUAACUCCCAGAGACUGAAAGACCCUAUGUUCUUCUCUGUAUUCCUUUCAGCCUGAGUACAGAGCUUAGCAUAUAGUAUAUACUCAGUGAAUCACUGUUGGAAUAACCCUUACCCCAAGCUUUAGUGCAAUAUGAAGUACUGGCCCUGUGGGGAGGGAAUCGGGGUGGGCUAUCGGUUGUUCUGGUGUUAUGUGGGCCAUUUCACUGUGACCACAUGGUGUCUGCUUUGUGGUUUCUAUACAUCUGCUUAUGACAGGCAUGAAAACAUAUUUGCUUACUAGGAUUCUCUACCUGUGAUUGCCAUCCUUCCUCUGAUGAAUAUGAAUGAAUUGAUAUUGCUUGCUAGAGGAGACAUGCAUGCACCCACACAUUUAUGCACAUAUAUGAUAGCAGCCAAUUAAUAUUAAUUAAUAUUCAUAAUUGAGUCCUUUUUCUCCAUGUUAGAAUCUUUGCAUCCUUAUCCCUCGUAGAAUCUGAGUUAGCAUUCACAUGUGUAAUCCUCAGAGAAAAAGCUAGAAGCACCUCCAGCCUAAGGCCUUCACUCCUCAUUGGAGAAAACAACCCAAGGCCAAGGUCAGGCAGUUCAGAGGCAGAAUUCCCUGGAAAGACUCAUAUCUAUAUUAAUUGGUUACUAUAAUUCACAUGUAAAAUAUAUAUGCACGUACAUUUAUGCGUACACAUACUCGGUAUUUGGUAUUCAAUUGUCCCAAAUCUUAGCUCUGAAAACAGCAGCAAUAGGAACAUACAUCUUGAUCUAGGAGCCUUGCCCCCCACCAAAUACCAUCACAGAACCAUUGAAAACGAAGAGUACUUCAACACCCAUCAGAUGGGGGAUUUCUCUUAUACAAUAAGAGAAAGCUGGGAAUAUGUCUUGGGACCUAUUAUACCUUGGGACCUAAUGUGUCUUGGGACCCCUCACCCUCCUGUCUCUAGCCUUCUGAGGUCUUGGUGGACUAUAAAACCUAUCCUUUAAUAAAUCAACUAUGGAAACAGUA